CAAAAGAGCAUCAUCAGAAUUCACAAGUACACUCCUCCCUCUCCCUCUCAGUUUCAAAAAUAUCAGACGAUAUUUCUGACGACGACUUGGUAUACUAUUAGGUACGCAAUUGUAGCGCGGAGAGCUCCUCCCCUAGGCCCUAACUUCUCCUUCCUUGAACCAAUUUUCCGUUUAUGGUGCUCAAUUUCUCUCUCCGGGAUUCGAUAUUGGCUUAGUGAUUACGACAAGAUUCAAGACGCUGCUGUUAUUCUCAUCUACAUUCAAAUCGGAUGCGCUUUGGUUGGAUCUCUCGGUGCAAUGUACAAUGGUGUCUUGCUGAUCAAUUUGGCAAUAGCAUUGUUUGCCCUUGUUGCAAUUGAAAGUAGCAGCCAGCGCCUUGGCCGGACAUAUGCUGUUCUUCUUUUCUGUGCUAUCCUGCUUGAUAUCUCGUGGUUAGUUCUCUGCGCCGGUCAGAUAUGGAACAUUUCUCAUAAGUUGUACGAAACCUUCCUUAUCUUUUCGGUGAAACUUUCUCUCUCAAUGCAAAUAGUUGGGUUCUCUCUGAGGCUGGCAUCUUCAUUAUUAUGGAUUCAGAUGUAUAGAUUGGGAGUUUCAUCUGUAGACAAUGCAGCUUCUCAAGAAGCAGAUUUUGAUUUGAGGAAUAGUUUUGUGAAUCCUUCAGCUCAUUCCAUGGCUAGAGAGAUAUCUCAUUUUGACAGCACAUUAGGAGGUUCUAUUUAUGACCCUGCUUUCUAUUCAUCUCUCUUUGAAGAUGCUCGUGAUAAUGGAUAUCAGAUGGUGGAACCAGUGCAAAGGCAGGCUUGGGACUUCGGUGGCAAUGGUAAGGCUUAUAUCUACGAGACACCGUGUUGAUGGGCAUCACUUCUUUAUUUUUAGUUGUUUAUCCUUAUGUAUUAUUUAUAAUCUUGUAAUACCUGGGAUCGAAAUUCAAAUGAAUUUUGGUAUAUGGUAAUUAUCAUUUAGUGAAUCA